AUGGACAUUCUCGGACUACCGCUUACGGUCGGUGGAAUCGAUCUGACCGAUCAGACGAAGAACUACAUCGACGAAAAGCAAUCCGAGCUGCGAAUUCCGGUGUGUGGAGAGCGCGAUGGUGGGGUGAUGGUGGUGCGCGCGGAACGCGACGAGGCGGAGGAGCAGUUCGAGACGGCGCAAGUGGAGCUCGAGCUUGACCAGGCCGGCUGCAACCUGCUCAUCUACGACAAUGGAAAGUGGUGCGGCAAUCUGACCCUGCUCAGCGCUAACGCAAACGACCUCUGCUCGAUCUUGCCCGCCAGCCAAUUCUGCUGCCAUCGCGAGACGACCAGCACAUUGCCCCUGUUUGUUGAAUGA